GUUUGCGUGGUUUGAAUAUUCCUGCUUGCUAGCACAUCCACACAGGGCUUUCAAAUAUAAAAGACGUACCUUUGUGAAGCGAUCCGUUUACCAUUUCUGGGAUAGAUUUACUGGUGAUUAUUCGAAUCGAGACGAGCAUUAUAUAGGCAAAAGGCCCAUGCGUUUUCGACAGUCCAUUUUUCAAGUUUGUUGUCUUAUUAUUUGCGAGCUAGCGUCAACCGUGCCAGGUGAACAGUGAGCAGGUAUGUGUUGCUAGAAUAAACUGCAAAUUUAGGUCACAUUGGUUGUUGAUACAAAAGUGAUCUUACAUUUAACGCCCAUCUUGGAAUAUCUCAAAGGGGAUCUCUGCUUCAAACGAAAACAGCUACAUCUGAAUGGUUUUCCCCAUCAGCGGGAAAUAAGCAAGGAAAUAAUUUUAUUCUGAUCACCAGCAUGCGCUAACCACAAGAAACUGCUCAAGUCGGAAAACGCGCAUCAAAUCCAUCUUUUUCUCGUAAAGUUAACAACACUUCAAUCGCCGGAAUCCCUUACUACGUGCAAGCGCACGCGCCUCUCCUGAAAGCUUGUUUAGAAACGGCGCAGACAACUGAAUAUCACUACCACGCAAAUUAAUUAGUGAAAGAUCAAGCUUUGCAACCAGGGCGACUCGUUUGUCGUGGGAGAACAUCUUCUCUUCAUCAAAGAAAUCACAUCAGACAUUCAGUCAAAGAGCAGCAAUAAUGACAGGACUUUGACAUUCGCGUCUGACACAUUUCCGCUGAAGAAACUCAAGACAGAUGUUUGUCACCAAAAUGACACUGAGUCAGGCCAGUUUAUUUGGACAGAUAGAUGACCUGCAGGACCUUUCAUUCAUCGAGAGACCCAUACGCAGGAGCCUUAAGACUGCAGAAGAGAUUGACAAGCUCACAGUGGAUGAAGAUCUGAAUGACAUAGAGCGAGCAGUCUACCUUCUCAGUUCUGGACAGGAUGUCCAGCGAGCCAGUGUGAUUAUCAACCUGCCAAACCUAGUGCGUCAGAACCCAGCAGAGACGUUUCGCAGGGUGGUGCCAAAAGUCAGGGAGGUUCUCCAUGUAGCUGGGGCUGAUAUGCAGCUCACCGCAGCAGGGUCUUUCUUGACCGUCCUCCAAGAUGACAUUGUUCUCAUCCAGACACACACCCACUCAAUCUUGCAGAUAGUUCUUCUAAAUCUCGACCACAGGGACACAGUGGUCAGCAAUGCUUGGUUGGAGACAUUGCUGUCAGCAGUUGAUGCUUUGCCAAAGGAAACUAUCAGGCAAGAGAUUCUGAGUCCUAUGGUAUCAAAAGCUCAGCUCACUCAGUCUGUCCCAGCACGUUUGGCAAGCUGUCGCAUCCUUGGCAAGGUUACUGGCAAGUUUGAGUCCUCAAUAGUGAAGAAGGACCUCCUGCCAUUGGUCAGGUCAUUGUGCCAGGACGUAGAGUACGAGGUGCGCUCCUGCAUGUGUCGCCAGCUGGAGAACAUCGCCAGGGGAACUGGGGUAGACCACAAUAAGGUUGAAGUGCUCCCUGAACUUGUUGAGCUGGCCAGAGAUGAAAGCAGUACUGUGAGACUGGCUGCCUUCGACACCAUCGUCAACCUCUUGGAGAUGUUUGACAUUGAUGACAGAACUUGUGUGAUAUUUCCCUUGGUGAAGGCAUUCUGUGAAAAGUGCUUCAAAGCUGAUGAGGCAGCACUGGCCUCCUUGUCCUUUCAGUAUGGAAAGCUUUGUCAUGGCCUCGCUGAGUCUUUCACUGAUGAACAGCACCUCUGGUUUCUGGAAUUUUAUAAGAAGCUGUGCUGUCUGGGUCUGCAGCACGAAAAUGGUCAUUGUGAGAGCCAGCCCUACCCACUGGAGCUGGAGAACAAGUACGCUUCGGUGCGCAGGAACUGUGCCUACAACUUUCCUGCCAUGGUGUUAUUUGCUGAUCCAAACCACUUCUUGUCUGAAUUAUAUCACACCUUCUCAAGUCUCUGUCAUGACCCUGAGAUUUCAGUACGGAAGACGGCAGCUGAGGGUUUCCAUGAGGUGGUCAAAUUGCUGGGCCCAAAUGUGCAUUACGUACACAAAGAGCUAAUCACUUUGCUGCAGGAUGAUUCAUUAGAGGUACUGGAUGCUCUGUUGAAUAAUCUUCAGGAGACUUUAGAGCUGGCCACUUCAAGAGGGGAGGGAGCAGGACCUGAGAGCAAGCAGGUGAACGUACAAGAUUUGGUGCCUGCUCUGGUGGCGGCGGAACAGAAAGCAGCAGCAUCACUGCGCUGGCGGGUUCAUGAGAAACUUCUGCAGUGCUACUCCUGUCUGCCCCGUGUCAUCUCUGGAGACCAGAUCUACUUCCGCUUCCUUCCCAGAAUGUUCAACAUCAUCACGACCAAUAAUGUUCUGCCUGUCCAGCGGGAAGCUGCCAGAACAUUAUGUGUGUUCUUGCGUUAUAACCGCAAACAGGAACAGCGGCAAGAGAUAAUCAGCAAAAUAAUGCAAGAGCUUGCUCAAGGUAGAAGCUACUGGAACAGGCUGCGGUACCUGGAUCUGUGUGAGAUUACGAUAGACCUCUUCUCCAAAACAUAUUUUUGCAAACAUUUCCUUAUUCCAGCACUCGAGUUGGUCAGUGACCCCGUGGCCAAUGUCAGGUACAAGCUCUGUUACAUGCUGCCCAAACUGAGAUCCACCAUCAGACUGGCAGAAAAACGUUUGCUUCAGCAGCUGGAGUUCUGUUUGCGGAAAUUGUUAUGCUGCGAGAAGGACAAAGAUGUAGUGGCAACUUUGCACAAGAUAGUUCUGGAGGUGGACAAAAUGGGCAUUACAGAGCAGUAUCAUAAAACACAUGAAAGAGAACUCUUGGAUCAGAAGAAGGAGAAGGAGGAGACUCUUUUACUUGAAAUGGAACGGCUAGAACGACAGCAGAGUGAGGCGAAACUAGUUGGUGACAAACAUGGUGAAAAGAAACGAAGAGACAGCAAGGCUGGUCUAUCUGGUAGUAAAGGAAUGUCGGGAUCUACAUCAGGAGCAACAUCAUCCACUACUGGUAAGGAAUUACGGAGGGCCAAACUAUCUCGAAGUCGUUCCCUUAACCAUCCCACGACACCAAAGAUAACAAACUCAGACAAAACAUUAAAAGUGAAGGAUUCAGGAAGUUACCCUGGAUCAGUAAAGAGCACUAUGCUACCGAUAAAUGAUGAUAACCUGCGACCCCAUCACUUCAAUGCUGCUUCUUCAAUCUCCCCCACCCCAUCCACCUCCUCCAUGCCUGUUUUGAUCCGCAGCAACACCAGCAGCUCUGUGGAUCACUGGAGUAAUGGGAAUAAAGACACACAGUCCAGGAAGCUUAGUGUACAACGGAAGUCGAAUUCGUUUGGAAUGCUGUCUGGUAGAGAGUGACUACAGCUUUGCCUAGCGGAUUGUGACUUCAAGCCCCUUUCUACAUUAUAUGACUUUACUUGCAAUUGAGCUUGGAGGAGUUCAUGGCCCAAUAGCAG